UUAAUAAAACUUUUGUGAUAAAUAUUUUUAAAUGUUAAUAUUUUGUUAUAAUCAAUUUUUGCAACAUAACCUAUUUUCAUCUGUAAAAUUUGCACAAAAAGUUAUUUGAAAUCGAUUUUAAAUCAAUUUGAUUAAAAAAAUGUAUUUUAUAAUACGUUAAACAAUGUAACACCAACAAUUACUCAAGUGUAUUUGCAUUUAAGUUUUAUAAUAAAUAAGUCUUCUGUUUUUGUAUAUAUUUUAAAUCAAGUUGAAAUGGUUUUGCCUAAAGCUGCAAACGAAUCCUCACAAGACUCUGCAGAUAAUAAAACACCUGGAGCAAUGUCUAACGAGGAAGCACCCAAAAAACUUGGUAAGAAUGCUAAGAAACGCUUAGCACGAAAGUCAAACGAGCAAAAACCCACUCCGAGUGAUAAUUUAACAAACAAAUUUUCACAAUUAAACGUACAAAAAGGUAACCAAGAACACAAACCUAGAAAAAGUGGUACUCCAAGACAAAAAAAACCCAAUCCGAGAAGUCCUAACAAAAGUGUGAGCACUUGCGAACAAACCUAUCCUGACUUCUGGACUCCCCAGCAAGUCGAUAAAGGUUUACAGGACAAAACCUUGAUCUCAGGUACGUUUAGAAUUAACAAAAACAAUUACAGGACUGCUUAUGUUACACACCCCGAUGGUGGUGUGGAUGUCACCAUCGAAGGCAUGUUGGCACGUAAUCGUGCUUUAGAAAGUGAUGUAGUUGUUGUACGUAUACUGCAAGAUACACCAGGAGCACGUACAGGUGAAGUGGUUUAUAUAAAGUCUGCAGAGCACUCCAGAACUUGCGUAGGCUCUGUACAAAAUUUUAAUAAGAACCAUAAAUACUUGUUGUUUAUACCGAGAGAUUCGAGGUUUCCUAGGAUGCGCGUGUAUAAAAUGGAUUGGCCGAGCAGUUUGCAAAAUGCUGAUGAGAAGGAGGUGCUGAAUGUUUUGUAUUAUGCUAAAUUGGAGUCUUGGACUAAUACUAAGUACGGUGUUGGUUGUAUUACCAAGGAAGUUGGUAAGAACGGCGAUGUUGAGGUUGAGACGAAAGCUAUUUUGUUAGAGAACGAUUUGGACGUCACGCCUUACGGCGCGGAAAUGGACAAGUUUUACCCAAGUGUUCCGUUUAAAAUACCCCAAACCGAAAUUAGUAAACGCGUAGACUAUCGCGAUAAAUGUGUCUUUACAAUUGAUCCUUUAACCGCCAAAGACUUAGAUGAUGCUUUGUCUUGCGAGGAAUUAGACAACGGUAAUGUAAAAAUCGGCGUGCACAUUUCUGAUGUUAGUUAUUUUUUAAAACCCGACAACGACUUGGACAAAGCCGCAGCUUUUAAGGCUACUUCUAUAUACAUGGUCGAAAGCGUUUAUCACAUGUUGCCUAAAAAUUUGUGCAUGAUGUGCUCUUUGUUACCAGGACUUGAUCGGUUGAGUUUUUCUGUGUUUUGGGAAAUGACCAGACAAGGUGAGGUUAUCAGCUCGGAAUUUCGCAAAACUGUUAUAAACUCUUGUACGCAAUUAGCGUAUGAACACGCCCAAGAAAUGUUGGAGGCCUGUGAUGACCAGGAAUUGGAUUGCACAAAGUUUCCUGCAAUUUUACACGACUACAAACUGUCUUAUUUAACCCGUUUGGUUAAAAUAUUGCAAAGCAUAGCUUUGCAAUUGAGACAAAAGCGUUUUCACAACGGGGCUUUGAGGAUAGACCAACCCAAACUGAGUUUCAAACUAAACCCGCAAACGUCCCUACCAGAAUCUUUCACCAUUCAGCAAUUACAAGACAGCAACAAACUUAUAGAAGAAUUCAUGCUUUUAGCAAACAUAACAGUAGCACAACAUUUAUACCAAAAUUUACCAGAAACUGCAUUCCUGCGUGCACAUUUGGAACCACAACCAAGAAUGCUGAAGGAUCUACAAGACUUCCUAAAAUCUGUCGGCGUCACUUUGAAUAUCGAGUCUUCCAAAUCCAUCCAGCAAUCUUUACUCAACAUCGAACAAAAAUUAGACCAGGAAGUUGUCCAGGGUGUGAUGCUGGUUGUAAAUAAUCUUUGCUCUAAGGCGAUGACCAGGGCUCAUUAUUUUUGUGUGGGCAAAAUUGUCGAUGAGGAGGAAUUGCGACAUUAUGCCUUGAGUGUAGAUCGGUAUACACAUUUUACGAGCCCUAUUAGGAGAUAUGCUGAUAUUGUAGUACACAGACAACUGGCUCAUGUUUUGGGAAUCGAGAAGUAUGAGCACGAAUUUAAGGAUUUGGAACAGGUUGCUGGACAGUGCAAUAAAAACAAAUACAAUGCUAAGAGAGCUGGUGAGAUGAGCUGCGAGUUGUACUUAAGUCUUUACAUCGUCAAGAAUUCACCACUUGUCGAAGAUGCUGUGAUUUUAGACAUUAAGGAUCGUUCCAUCGACGUCAUUAUUAUCAGGAUGAAUCUUAACAAGAGGAUUUAUUACGAGUCCUUCAUCCACGCAAAGUACGAACCGAUAUUCAAUUCCUCCAAAAAGAAAGUAAUCUCUUGCAACGUUCAAUGGGAUAAAAAUAUCCCACAAGAAAAAUUCGUCACAGAAUACUAUCAAAAAUCGCUCCUGAACUCUUCAAAAGCCAAAGACAACAAAAAUACUCAACAAAAGACUCCUAGAUCUCUCGAAAAUGCAAGAUUUAGUGACAUCAGAAGUCUGAAAUUGUUUAAUAAAGUUAAAGUAGUGGUUUGUGGAAAUUGUAAUAACUUAUUGUCGACUGAAGCAUUUUUAUUACCUUGA